AUGACGAUAAUCGUGUUCCUGGUCGACACCUCCGCCUCCAUGUGCCAGCGCGCACUGGUCAACGGUGUGCAGAAGACCUACCUAGACAUCGCAAAAGGUGCCGUCGAAACGUUCCUCAAGUUUCGUCAACGGUCGCAGGAUUGUAUGGGGGAUCGGUAUAUGCUGCUAACGUUCGAAGAUCCACCCAACAACGUAAAGGCGGGCUGGAAGGAAAAUCACGCCACAUUCAUGAACGAGCUGAAGAAUUUACAGAGCAACGGACUCACGUCAAUGGGCGAAGCGUUGAAGAACGCGUUUGAUCUGCUAAACCUGAACCGCAUGCAAUCUGGCAUUGAUACUUACGGACAGGGUCGAUGUCCGUUCUAUCUGGAACCGUCCGUAAUCAUCGUGCUAACGGAUGGUGGGAAAUAUGCGUUCCGUAACGGAGUACACCAAGAGAUUAUACUUCCACUACACGCCCAGAUGCCGGGUACGAAGCUAACGAAGGAACCGUUUCGUUGGGAUCAACGGCUGUUCUCACUCGUGCUGCGUAUGCCGGGUAAUCGGGUGGAAGAACGUGUGGACGGUAAAGUACCGCACGACGAUUCAAUGAUCGAGAAAAUGUGCGAAGUGACGGGCGGUCGGUCAUAUAAAAUAAAGUCGCACUACGUAUUGAACCAGUGUAUCGAAAGUUUAGUACAGAAAGUUCAACCCGGCGUGGUGAUACAUUUUGAUCAGCUGAUUUCUAACAACGGCGACAGCAGUACUACCGAUUUACAGUUUCAAUCGACUAAGCGUAUGAUCUAUGUACCGAAGCAGCACCCAUCACAGAAAACGUUCCCGGUGGGGUACUGGCCAAUCCCGGAACCGUAUUGGCCGGAUCCGAAGCUAACGAAUCUGCCUCCGCGCGAUGCACAUCCGAAGAUAAAGAUAAUUUCGCCCAGCUGCGAUGAACCUCAGGUACUUCGGAAUUUUCCGAUCGACAAGUAUGAGCUGGAGGCUUGUCCGUUAACGCUGCAGAUUUUGUCCAAGAAGGAAUCGAACAAGGUAUGGCCAUUGAUUGUGUCGACCGGGAUGCAGGGUGAGAUGCCGUUUGGAUAUUUGAAACCAAACAGUACCGUACCGAUCGUGCAUCUGUACGUACUGCCGUACAACUACCAAAUGCUGCUGCCGUUGAUCAAUGAUUUGUUUCACAAAUUUAAUCUAAAUCCGCCAAACGAUUGGGUGUACAAAUUUACCAACUAUGUCAAAACGAUCCCGCAAUACUAUUGUCCAUUUUUGCGCCGUGCACUCGCCACCACACCGAACGUGCCCUACCAGUUGGUGCAGUACAUAUUGCCAGAAAAUUUGGACAGUUACCUCUGUCCGGCGGUCGCCAACUACCUGAAGCAAAUGAAAAAUACGGCCAAGCUAGACCAAGAAAAUCUCUGCCUGCGGGUGUUGAAGCAGCUGAAGCAACCGAAACCAGCAUACCAUCAGUUGGAGACGGCAAAACUGUGCGGCAACCAGCAGAUGAAGCGCGACAUCGUCACGCACCCAAUGCUGAAAGAUACGUUCACCAAAAUGCACAUGGAGAUUGCAAACUUUGACAGCUACACGAUCGUCGUACCGUCCAUCAUACAGACGGCGGCGACGAAAAAUUACCGCAAUCCGUACGACAUUCCGCGCCGGGACCUGAUUGAUGAAAUAGCACGGAUGAGGGAAAACUUUUUCCAUCUACCGACGAGCGGGAUCAACGUGUUCACGAAAGAUUCCGGCCAUUGUUUGCCGAUCUCGGAUAUGGGCAACUAUCAGGAGUAUUUGAAGAACAAAGAAACGCCACUGCGCGAACUCGAACCGACGAAUGUCAGGCAGCACAUGUUUGGUAAUCCGUACAAGAAGGAUAAGAACAUGGUCAUGGUGGACGAGGCGGAUCUAAACGAUUUAGCACCGAUGAAGGCGAGCGGUUUGCCCGGACCGCAUCCGACCAGCCACAUGAAGAAGAGCAUCGAGCAGAACACGGUGACGCGCAUGAGCCGGAAACGGAAGGCUGGCCCAAUACGUAAGGAUUAUGUGUUCAAACGGUCAGCAAUGGAUAUGGCCAGCAGUUCGUCCGGUUCGCUGAGCGGAGAUGAUGUAAAUAUGAAUGAACUGCUAACUGACGAUGAAAAUAGUUCCGAGUUUAGCAGUGGUAGCGACAUCGAGGAAGAUACCGAAGGAUGUUUGGUUAUGGCUCUAGAUGUACCGGAGGAAUCGACUGAAGCGAAUGGCCUCAGCACGCUGCAAAGUUUGCCCAUGCGAGAAAAUCUUCUGGAUAUAGUAGGUUCUGGAAGUUCAUCGGAAAUUACACGUUCAUCUGCAGAAUCGAGCACCGCGAGCAGUCCGAGCAAGCAGUCUGAAAAGGUAGGCGUCGUUGGAUUUGGCAGUGGAUCUGUAACACAAAACCCAAGUAUGCCAUGCCGUAUGCAGUUGAUGACAAUUGCCUGUGAGGAUGCGGCAACAGUAACGAUAGGCGAAGUGAAGGUAAUACAUUCUGCAGAUUCCCCCGCAAUCGAUGAUACUCAAUCCGUCGACGAUAAAGAGCAGCAACGGUCAGAUGAAACGAUAACGUCAUUAUCCUCAGCACCUUCGAAAAAGCAAACGCAUGAACAGGCAGAUUUAAUGUCAUCGGUGCGUCCGGAGACGAGCGUGAUAGAGUCAGACGACGGUGUUCAGCAACAACAACGACAGCAAACCCCGGUGAAGAAAGGCUCGUUGCAGCAGACUGCGGAAAGAAAUGCAUCAGAGCAAAGCGAUUAUGAUGCGGAACUUAUAGAUGCAGCAAAGCAGGAGAGUAUAGAGAAGGUUGAGUCUAACGUACGGCCAGAAGAACAAACCGUGGAACAUACCAAUAAGGUUCGAUUAGUUCCAACAGACGGUGGUGUUGGUGGUAAACUGCUCAUCGAGCUUACUGAACAAAAGGAAUGUAAAAUAGAACACAUUGAUCAAACAGCAGAAGAUAUUAAACCACUGGGAUUGGGAACAAGUCCCGCUUCAGUGCCGAAAUGUUUGACAACAGAAGAGCAAUUGUCGUUGAAUGUUCCACAGCGACAGGAAGGCGCGAAGGUGGAUGGAUAUGUAGAAACGAGUCACGAGACGGCUGAAGAAACAAAUGUAAAGGAAAUAGAGCAAAGUACAAAAGUAAGGAUACAACCGGAAAAUACCGUAUUACCCUCGAGUACGUUAGCGGAGGAAUGUGAUCGAGACGAAUCAAUAUCUGUAGAUUAUGAGGCAGAGUUGCAACCAAGCGGUCAGGACGCAGUUCGCCAAAGUCCGGAGAUAAAGCACGCGCAUCAAGCCAUGCAACCGACGGAGCCUGUAAAGUCUGAACAAGUCCGUGAUUUAGAGCAUAAUUUAGGUGAAACACAUAUUCAGCAACAACCGUCUUUAGCAGAAGAGCAUACCUUAACACCUUGGAAACCACUGCAACAACAGCAGCUGCAAUCGCACGAUCAGCGUCCAACAGCACGCCAUCCGUUAGCUUCACAGUGGAGCCACGACACGAACAACGGCAUGACGGACGUGAUGAAGGUGCCCAAACAGCAACAGCAACCGGCUGACCAACGGCAAACACCACGCCAUCCGCCAGUUUCACAAUGGGGUAUCGAUGCCGGCGGUGACAUGACGGAUGUGAUGAAAAUUUCCAACAUCCUGAAAACAUGUCACAACGGUGGCGACAACGAUCGCGACAAGGAUAGCAAUUUCGACGACGAUACAAUGGAACGGUCCACCAACACCAACAGCAGUACGGCGGCACAGGACGGCACAAAACCAGCACGCCCGGUGGGAGGUUCUGCAUCGGAACCGGAACCGGUCAUGGUGCUGGCGAACGGGCUCGUAUCGACGGCCGUGAAUGGUGGCGACAACGCGGUACAGCCAACGCUCAAUUGGGAUUACAACUUUGCCCUUUACUCAUGCGUCGAAGAUGAACAAGAGCUGGAACAGAUUGAGGAGACGAACCUGAAGACGCGUUCGAUCGUGUUCCGUGACAUACGGCGACCGGGGCGCGAUUACACCGAGCUGCUGAAGCACCUCGAACUCAUACAGGGUAGCCGUAUGACGCAGAAACACUUCGUGGAUAUGUGCGUGCAUGAGGCGCGUCGGUUCCGGCGCCAUCGGAUGGUUGAGUGCAUACAGGAAUGGUGGGCGCAGCAUACUGGACGGUCGAUACCGGGGGGUGUAAAACGGGCACGGUCGAAACAGGAGCCCGAUGGUGCCAAUUCCUUCUACAUCUACGGUAAUAGCGAUGGCCUGGAGGACGAGCAGGAAAACGCACUGACGCCGGACAAUCUGUACCUUGUGAACGAUACCGGUGCGACGGUUUACAGCAGUGAGACGUUUCGCAGUACGACCCCACCAGGUGCGGCGUAUCUCAACAACAGCAUCGGUAGCGCAUACGGGACCACCGACUUUAGUCACAAUAAUCAUCACUUUGCCGAGGUGGUGCAUGUAUCGUACCCAAACACGUAG